AGGCGGGCGAGGUGGAUGCUCGGUGGCGGGACGAGCGCGGCGUCUGGCCGGCUUCUCAGCGCCGCGGAGCAAAGCGGGGUCCGGGAGGCGGCGGGGUCGGCGUCCAGGAGCGGCCCGGGAGUCUGCAGCGGCGGCAGAGGCGCUCGAGCCGGCGUCCCCGGGCCGGGGAGCGGAGGCCCCGGGGGCCCCGCGGGCAGGAUGAGCUUGACGCCGAAGGAGCUGUCGAGCCUGCUGAGCAUCAUCUCGGAGGAGGCGGGCGGCGGCAGCACCUUCGAGGGCCUGUCCACGGCCUUCCACCACUACUUCAGCAAGGCCGACCACUUCCGCCUGGGCUCGGUGCUGGUCAUGCUGCUGCAGCAGCCCGACCUGCUGCCCAGCGCGGCGCAACGCCUCACGGCGCUCUACCUGCUCUGGGAGAUGUACCGCACCGAGCCGCUCGCCGCCAACCCCUUCGCCGCCAGCUUCGCGCACCUGCUCAACCCCGCGCCGCCCGCCCGCGGCGGCCAGGAGCCCGACCGGCCCCCGCUCUCAGGAUUUUUACCUCCUAUAACUCCACCAGAAAAGUUUUUUCUUUCCCAGCUAAUGCUGGCACCGCCAAGGGAACUCUUCAAAAAGACACCUCGCCAGAUUGCUUUGAUGGACGUUGGAAACAUGGGCCAGUCUGUGGACAUUAGCGGGCUUCAGCUAGCCUUAGCCGAGCGCCAGUCGGAAUUGCCAACCCAGAGUAAAGCUAGCUUCCCUAGUAUUCUCAGUGACCCAGACCCGGAUUCUUCCAAUUCUGGAUUUGACAGCUCGGUCGCCUCUCAGAUCACAGAAGCUUUAGUCAGUGGACCAAAACCUCCUAUUGAAAGCCAUUUUCGGCCAGAGUUCAUUCGUCCUCCGCCUCCGCUCCACGUUUGUGAGGAUGAGUUGGCGUGGCUGAACCCCACGGAGCCCGAGCACACCAUUCAGUGGGAUAAGUCAAUGUGUGUUAAGAACAGCACUGGUGUGGAGAUCAAGCGAAUAAUGGCCAAAGCCUUCAGAAGCCCCUUAUCUUCUCCUCAGCAAACACAGCUCCUUGGUGAGUUGGAAAAAGAUCCCAAACUUGUUUAUCAUAUUGGCCUGACUCCCGCCAAACUUCCUGAUCUCGUGGAAAACAACCCUCUAGUUGCCAUAGAAAUGUUGCUGAAAUUAAUGCAGUCGAGCCAGAUAACUGAGUAUUUCUCAGUCCUGGUCAAUAUGGACAUGUCCUUACACUCAAUGGAAGUUGUAAAUCGACUAACUACAGCUGUUGAUCUACCUCCUGAAUUCAUCCACCUUUAUAUAUCAAAUUGCAUCUCUACUUGUGAGCAAAUUAAGGAUAAAUAUAUGCAGAAUCGUUUGGUGCGUCUUGUUUGUGUCUUCCUCCAGUCCCUGAUCCGUAACAAAAUUAUUAACGUGCAGGACUUGUUUAUAGAAGUGCAGGCCUUCUGUAUUGAGUUCAGUAGGAUACGAGAAGCUGCUGGCCUUUUCCGGUUGUUGAAGACGUUGGAUACUGGGGAAACCCCUUCCGAGACUAAAAUGUCAAAGUGAUGCCUCAUGGGAACCACGCCAUCCAUUGGUCAGCCGCACCCUGGUUUAAUUUUUAAAACUGUUAAAUCCCUGAGUGGAUUGCUUGGUCUAGUGCAUAUAAACAACACUGUCUAUGUAAAGCAGAGUUUUGCUUUCCUGGAUGACCCUGUCCUUUAGAUGAAUUUCUGGUAAGAUCUUGGAAGAAUGUGUCUUUAGGUGUCUUGUUGGUAAUUAGCCAUAGAAGGAACAGUUACCCCAGAAAACCAUUGCUGCGAAAGAACAGCUGAGCACUGAGGACCAAGUGGGUGUUCUUGUCUCAGAGUCACGUUGCAGGCUUCCGAUGAUUCAUGAAUCCAGUUUUCCUGAGGUUCGAGUGCUACUGUAUUCCGUGAGAGUAAAUGAAGACAUUCUUAAGAAUUUGUGAUACUCUCCGUGAUGUGACAUCAUUCGAGUGUUCUGACUCUUCAGGGGGCUAAUGGAAAGUUGAUUCUCGAGCCUAUCUGUGCAGGUAGCUCUUAACUUCCCAUUAAGCACCACCUGAACCAAGGGCAAUCUGGAAACUCUGUCCCUUUUUAUUGUGGGGACAUACUAGACAACAGAGAAAAUGUAUUCUUGGCACUCUCAUAAAAACAUGGGAACUCUUAGAAAGCUUCAAAGCUUUUUCUAGGCCAGAAAAGCUGGUAUAGUUUUCUGUUUUUGUUUUUUAAAUCCUCCGAAGACACUCGGUAGUUCUUCUGUUACUAAAAUAACUAGACUUUUUUUUUUUUUUUUUUUUAAAGAAAAACCACCAGUUAGUGCUUUGAGGGGCAGUAUCACCACCGAGGAAUACCAUUUCAGAUGGCUUGGGGAGUGGGAGCUGUUACCACCCUCAUGUCUGUGGUGGUGCAGAUGACACGUUUGAGGCAGUAUUGUGUGGACUUUCUUAUUCUUUUAACUCUUGGACAACAGUGCCUUACAUUAAAGUUCUUUUUAUAAUGAAUUCUGUUAUUUGUUGUAUUGUUUACUUGUUGGAUUCAUGACUAAUUCCUCAUUUACUGAAGCACUUCCAUAGUAUAUUCUUUACAGAGAAAGAAUCUGUUCAAAAGGAAUUACCUUCUUUAGCUUAGCAGAAGUUAAAGAAAACCAACCCUAGUGGUUUUAAGAUGAUUACAAGUUCCAAUCUAGUAAUACUGGAGAAAGAGCAGUGGACAGCUAGAUUUAUAAUACUGUGUAUCUUAUCCAUAUGAGAGUAGGAGAUUUAUAAGUACAUUUGCUUACAGCAAACAAUGACCUAAGUCCUUUUAAAAAAGGAGUGCCUUCAGACAUCUAAAAUGAUGGUGGCAACAACAUUGUUGCUGUUUUCCAGUUUUCUGGCUAGGAAAAAAAAACUAUUCACUUAAAAUUCAGCUGAGACCAGUUUCAUUGAAUAGUCUUGCUCAGUACUCUCACUUUCUCACUGACUUGGAUUUCAGCUUUGGGAAAACAAACACUUCAUUAUUGAAAUACUUUUUGGAAUGGCACAAUAUCAACCCAACUUAGGUUCCAGGAGCUACUGAUUCUCCAGCAUUUAGCCAAGUACAUUUAACAGGCUCUUCCUCCUGCUUUUCAAAGAACUGUGGUGCACUGCCAGAUUUUGAGAAACUCAUGAACAACUGUGCAACUGAAAUAGGAGCUUGUGACACCUGUACAAAUUAAGUGAUAGAGACACGGGAACAAAUUGUUUUUUUUUUUUCCAUGAUGAGUAAGUAGCCCCAAAGGUACUAAGUAACAUUCUGAGGAUCACACACAGGGUUUGGGGGUGGAGUGGCCUGUGAGCUGCUGAGAAGUCUGAAUAAACGUUGACGACUCUUGUUGUAAUAAACUGACACGUAAAAUAGUUCUCAACGAAGCUCUGGGACAGUAAGUAGGACUCCGCUUUAAUUUGCAUACUAACUGUUUCUGGGCAUCUCACCAUCUUUAGGAAAUGAAGUUUGUGAAGGUGCUUGGUAUAUCGCAAAGUGCAUCCAUUCCAUCCAUGUGCACGAUGUCUCUAAAGGGGACAGACUAUUUCCCGAGAACAGCAGCAAUACUUUUCCAUCCUAUUAAGUCAGGAUUUUAACUCUAAUCUGUGAUUUAGAAGAAGGACUGUUACAAAUCUGGUUUUCACGCUAAAUAUUUACUGUGGUAUGAUACCCCAUUUCAUCAUUAGUAUGUAAAACCAUAGUGUGUAUAAUACUUUGUAAACAGCAGAGACUGUCUAAGAUGGCUGGUCUGAGAUGAAUUGUAAGUUAAGAGUUAAUUUUUUUUUCUUUUGGCUGGAAAACUGAAGAAACUGAUAGUGCCACCACUAGGAAUAGACAUACUUGUUGGGCAGUGCCAUGAGAAUCAUGAUUUACUGCCUCUGUGGUUGAGGGGUGCAGGGAGCUUUUAGAAAACAGCAGUCCAAAACAGCAGUAGGAGUCGUCAAACAGUAAAACCUGCAAAUGCCAGAACCCAUGUUAGGUGGAAACGUGUCAGAGAAGGAAAACUUGGUGUUUACAAGGUAGGAUUCUUAAUAGAGAGCGAUGGAAAAGUGGUAAGAAAGAGUGCACCCUAUCAAAGGCAGAAAACUUGUGAGACCCAAAGAACAAGGCAGUCCCACUGAGUUCCAGCUCUCACAGGUUUCACUGUGCUUGACACAUUGUUGUCAAGUCGGUUCCAACGUAUAGCGAUAGGACAGAGUAGAACUGACUGCCCCAUGGAGUUUCCAAGGAGCGCCUGCCUGGUGGAUUCGAACUGCCGCCCUUUUGGUUAGCGCCGUAGCUCUUAACUACAGCGCCACCGGGGUUUCCAAGGCAAGACCUAAGUCGGGCUGAAUCAGAAUCUGGCUGGGGAUGUAUUUUGAAAAAGCACACACUGUGGCUGUGUGUGUGUGUGUGUACAUCAAGUGUGGGUGUACAUCAGAUUCCCCCGCAGAGCUUAUUAAACUUGCCCGGCCCCAUCCCCACCCCCAGUUUCUGAUUCCGUAGGUCCGAGGCAGGGCCUGAGAAUUUGCGCUUUUAACGUUGAGCUAGGCGGCGUAUCUUAAGAACUGCUGAUGUAGAUCAAUAAGGAUUAAAUUUGCCAGAAGCACACUGGCAUGCUGAUUUUUCUCCUAUCAGAUUAUAAAACAGCAUAACAUGAACAUUCAUAAUUACAGUUGGCCCUCUGUAUCUGUGGGUUCUGUGUCUGUGGAUUCAACCAACCAUGGGUCAAAAAUAUUUGGGGUAAAAAAGAAGUUGCAAAAAGCAAACUUCAAUUUGCUGCUUGCAGAGCACUCCUCUGAAUGCCUGCAAACAAAGUGGUGUGCAGCGUCCCCUGCUGUAGCCUCCGCCGUCUCAGAGCCUCAGUCUCUCUCCGGCACUCAGUGUUGAAGCAUUGUUCACCUAGCAUCUUGUCAUUAUUCCCUAAACAAUACCGUGUAACAACUAUUCACGUAGCACUUACAUUGCAUUAAGUGUUACAGCGGGUCGGCAGUUCAGAUCUGCCAGGCGCUCCUUGGAAACUAUGGGACAGUUCUGCUCUGUCCUGUACGGUCGCUAUGAGUUGGAAUCGAUUUGAUUGCAGUGGGUUUUUUAGGUAUUAUAAGUGAUCUAGAGUUGAUUUAAAAGUACACGGGAGGAUGUGUGUAGGUUACAUGUGAAUACUACACCGUUUUAUACUAUGGACUUGAGCAUCUAAAGAUUUUGGUAUCCAAGGGGGAUCCUGGAACCAAUCCUCCAUGGAUACUGAGGGACAACUGUAUGUAAUGAGGGAGUGUGGUAGCAGAAAAAAAGAAUUCAGAGACUGGCAUUUGAAUCCUAAUGGCCUCUUUAUUAGGAAAGCCCAACUGACGCCUUUGAAUUAUGGUGUUGGCAAAGAAUACUGAAUAUACCAUGGACUGCCAGAAAGACGAACAGAUCUGUCUUGGAAGAAGUACAGCCAGAAUGCUGCUUAGAAGUGAGGAUGGCGAGACUUCGUUUCACAUACUUUGGACAUGUUAUCAAGUCCCUGGAGAAGGACAUCAUGCUUGGUAGAGUGUCAGCGAGAGAGAGGAAGGCCCUCACUGAGAUGGACUGACACGAGUCGCUGCAACAAUGAGCUCAAGCAUAACAAAGAUUGUGAGGAUGGCACAGAACCAGGCAGUAUCUCGUUCUGUUGUAAUGAGUCGGAACCAACUCGACAGCACCUACCAGCUCUGGCAGGUUCCAUCAGAAGGAAAUGCUGCUCUCCGUGUGUGUGGACCAGAAACCAAAUAAACAACCUCUUGCCGUCAAGUCGAUGGUGAUUCAUAGCAACCCUAUAGGACAGAGUAGAACUGAACCAUAGGGUUUCCAAGGAGCAGCUGGUGAAUGUGAACUGCUGACCUUUGCUCUUAACCACUGUGCCACCAGGCUCUGUGCCUGGACCAGAGCAGGUACUAAUUCUUUUCCUAACCCUCUCACCUCCUCUGCACAGGCUAAAUCGGAGCACUAAAUAACUUGAUCUCAGAUCAAUAGUGUGCCACCCUGUCUGAAGAGUCUUGUGUGACAUGAAUUAAAUCAUGAGAUCUGGUACAAUUUUUAGUGCACCUCUACCCAGUACCCAAAACCCAGUGCCAUCGUAGUGCACCUCUACCAAACCCCAAACCCAGUGCAAGUAUGCUGGUUAUGGAAAGAGGGACAGUGCCAUUUUAUACUGUAUAAAGCAGAGGACUUUUUCACAUUUCUAAAGGAACCAGUGGUUCUUCACGUUUUAAGUGUGUACUGGGUUGCCUGGGGGCAUGUUACAAAGCAGAUUCCUAGGCCUACCUCAUUUGCACCUCACCAGAACUGCCCCCCCUCCCCCAUGCUAUCUAUUUUCACCCCCAAUUACAAGUAAACGGAGGCCUCAUGAGCUAGCUGGCAGAGACAAAUCGCUGUGCCGAGGAAUGAGCAGUCACAUCAGUGAGGUAAGGAGCUGUACCCCCCCACUGAAAGAAUUCUAAAUUGAGCAAAAGACGUCAUUGUAAAAUAUGAAAACCCCAUCACAAGUAAAGGUAAGUGAAACCCCAGGAAAAAUAACAAGACCAGCAAUCCCACAGAAAAAAAACCGCCACAGGAUGUGACUACUGAAAGAGUGACUAUCCUAAGACAUGAAAAGAUGCUCAGUCACUCCCACUUGUGCUGGCAAAGCUUGAGACAGGUGAAAGCAGACACUAAGACACUCCUGGUAUGACCAGAACUGAUGCAGCCUCUCUGGGUGGAACCUGCCAGUAUCUCCCAGAGUCCCACACUGCAGCUACCUGAGGACCCAGCAGUUCCACCUCUGGGACUCUAAGGAAUACGGACCUGCACACGCACCAAGUGACAUCGUGUAAGGUCACUUACCGUGCACUGUAUGAAACCGCAGACGGCUAGAGACAAGGUGGCAGCAAAUAGGGGAUUAGCUGGACAAUGUCAUACUGUGUCCUGGUCACCGUGAGCUGGAACUGACUCGACAGCAACAGGGUUGAGUUUUACUGAUAUACUGUUAAAAAAAAAAGCAAA